AUGGGAGUCCUUCUUUUGGCCGAGAACCACCGCGUGGCCCGCGCGCGCUCGUGGAUUCCCCUGGUCGAGGUGGCACUUUCUCCAGCAAUGAUCGUUUCAGUGGAGGAGGAGGAGGUGGUGGUGGUGGAGGUGGAAGUGGAGGCGGAGGAGGACUCCCUGGAGGAGGGGGAGGUGGCGGCGCUGGACGUGGUCGCGGUUAUGGCCGGGGAAGCGACUUUCGAGAUCGAGACCGAGAUCGAGACCGUGACAUACGAGAUCCACGAGAUCGCGACUUCAGAGACUCUCGAGACGGCCCACCUCCAUUCCGGCGCGACGUGGAUCGCGACUACGGUGGCCGUCGGGACAGAGAAUUCGACUCGCGCCCAGAUCGCAUUGGAUUUGGUCGAGGACGCUCUCGAUCACCCACUCGCGACUUUCGAGAUGCACGCGAUCUUCCAGCCCGUGAUUUCGAUCUAG